GAAUCUUAAUCACUCUAACAUAAGCUAAAGUAUUAUCAACACUAUCAAUAAAAGCCUAAUAACUCAACUGUUACAAUGAGUUUAACUUUGUUUGCUUCCAUCUUCGUCCUUUUGAUCAACCAGUCCUUCGCUUGUGACUGUGGUCAGGCUACUGGUUACACAGCUCCUGUAAAAUCAGAAGGCAAGUUGACUCGAUUCCCUUGGUAUGUAGCUAUUGAAAAUAAAAAUCAGAAAUCUUGUGGUGCUGCAUUGAUUGAUGAUCAACACGUUGCUAUUGCUGCUCACUGUCUUUCUGGUUCAGACGCAGCAGCACUCAGAGUUCAUUUGAACGACAACUCAACAAAAUCAGUCGCAUCCAUUUGGAUUGAUGAACGAUAUGACGAGAAGACUGGUGCCUAUGAUUUUGCUGUAUUGACUUUGACUUCUCCAGUUGACUCUCAAUUCAAACCCAUUUGCUUACGGAAACCAGCUUUAUAUCCUGUACCUGCAAUUUACCUUGUUGGUACAAAAUCUGGUGAACAUCUUGAAAGCUUGCCUAGUCCCUACUUUGGUUCCAAGUGUCCUUCUCCUGCUACCAAAACUCACCUCUGUGUUAUGAAUUAUAAUAAAGUGGAUAAUGAGAGUCCUGAAGGUCCAUACAUGGCUAAUGAAAUGAAUGCGAGAUAUUACCUUACCGGAGUUACUUCUCGUAGUUUUCCCGUUGGAAUGCCAGAUCUAUUCACUGAUGUCAGUCAAUACAAUGAAAAGAUGCGAGAGUUGGCUCCAAAAAGUUGUUGGAGAGACACCAAUGACUUCAGUCAAUAAGUUCAGUCAUUGAAAUCAACCCUUUCCAAAGCGUGUGUAACAUAAGUUUCUAAAUCUCUAUUGAUUUCUUUUUGAAUAAAUAAUUGCAUCCAUAUCUUCA